UCCGCUUCCGGCGCGGCUGGCGGGGCGGGAGGCGCCAUGGCCGGUAUCAAAGCCUUGAUUAGCCUGUCCUUCGGGGGAGCCGUCGGCCUCAUGUUCUUGAUGCUGGGAUGCGCCCUUCCCCAAUACAACCAGUACUGGCCACUGUUUGUUCUGUUUUUUUACAUCCUUUCUCCUAUCCCGUACUGCAUAGCAAGAAGAUUAGUAGAUGACACAGAUGCUACAAGUAAUGCCUGCAAGGAGCUAGCAAUAUUUCUUACAACAGGCAUUGUUGUCUCAGCGUUUGGGCUACCCAUAGUGUUUGCGAGAGCACAACUGAUUUACUGGGGUGCGUGUGCGCUCGUCCUUACGGGGAAUACAGUCAUCUUUGCCACGAUCCUAGGAUUUUUCUUGGUCUUUGGCAGCAACGAUGACUUCAGCUGGCAACAGUGGUGAAAGGAGGAUCAGAGAACUAUGACAGGCAUCUUGUCAUGCAGUGGCCAUCCAUACAAAUGAGAGAAUGGGCAAUAAAGAGAAGUAGCGUAGCAAGCCUCUUGACUAUUCUAGAUGCUCCUUUUCACCUUGUUUGUGCUGAGUGUACUGCUGUUGCUGGCAGGGUUUCUACAUUUUUAUGAAGUGGAGAGGUGAUUGGUUUCAUUUUUACCUAUGGUAUGUUUUUAGGUGCUCUCUUGAUUUAAAAUUGUCAUCCUUCUGUCUGGUGUUUAUGUGAAGCUUUAAAUCUGGAACAAGAAUGUUUAAACAUGGUUUAAAAAAAAGAUUUAAAGUUUUGGGUUUUUAAGUUAAGCAUUAAUACUGUGUUUCAAAAAAAAAAGGAUUUUUUUGGUAUGGUGAUUAAAUUAUAUACAGGCUGAAUGGAAGUAAGACAUUGUGCACCACCAUUGUAAAUUACCAGGUCAAUCGAUUGCUGCUGUAUUUUGGCAGAGGCAAGGUGGGGCGGGGAGUGCCAGUUGCAGAUUUUUCUUCUGCCCAUACCUCAAACUGGGUGAUGAAUGUUGAUAGCCUUCAUUUCAGGAGAAGGCUGAGGAGCAGGUAGUUAUUUGGGAGAAGUCCUAAAUUUUAACACCACUAGCAUUUUUACCUGCUUUGUUAUCAAUUCUUGUGUGGCUGUGACAUUCAAAUACUCUGUAAAUGUAUUGAUGCUAUGACAUACAAAACUGAAGUGUAUUGUAGGGGAAGGGAAAAUGAUGUUUAAAUUCAAUUAAAAAAAAAUAUCUUUUGAACUCUAUUUAUAAGUAUUGUAUGGUUUUGAACUUUUAUGUCAGCUUUUUACCACAAAGAUGGUAAAAUGUUUGUUUAUGGAACUACUGGUCUGUUAAUUUGAAACAUAUACAGAGCUGUUUCCUCCGUCCCCUUUUUAAUUUAUUUUAUACAUAGUAUAUAUACAUAUAAUAAAACAGCUUUUCAAGUGUAGAUGAAAA